AUGAACCAAUUCCCAACUCCAUUCUCUCCAAUUCAAAUCACCCGUCCGACAAGCGAAACCUCAAGCCCACCCAGCUCAAGAACAACCUCCCCACCCAGCUCGCCAAACUCCACAUUCCGACGAGCGCGAACAACAAGCAACCUUACACCACACCACCUUUUCAACCUCUCGUUUCAACCACACCAAUCAACGCAAAGCCAGGAUCAGCACCAAAAUGUAUCUACUGACCACCACGCAGUCAGCAUUUUGCCCUGCGCUGUACUCCGUGGCCGCUCAUCACUUAUGGUCGUGAGAAGACGUCCGUCUGCUGUUGAUAUGGCGCUUAGCGAGGAGCGGUCGAGGUGCGAUGGGGAUGCUAUUGAGAGGAAGGGAUUGGACCUUAUGGAGCCACGGCCUGUUGAGAUGGAGAUGGAGAGGGAGAAGAUGACUAUGACUGUGAAUAUGGGCACGGGUAUGACUAUGGGAAUAGGAAUGGGCGCGAAUGCGGCUGGAAACGGCAAUUCGACUAUGGGGGAUCGGCGCGGGAGUAUCUUGCGGCCACAGCAGUCGCCGCGAUUUGUUAUGGGGGGGAUUUUUGAGGUGAUGGAGGGUCUGGCUUGA